AAUAAAAUUUAUAAAAGUGCGGGCAAGUGUAAUGUAAGAUCAGGGAUGCCAAAACCGGAUAAAAGGGACUUCGAAGAGAGAUACUCCGCCUGUUUCCUUGAUUUUGGCGUAAAAACUGUAACAGGUCUUCUAAUAGGCAGUCUGAUGGGCAGUUUCUUCCUACACAGCUUCAAGAAGUGGCCCAUGUAUAUUGGAGGUGGUCUCGGCGCUGGCAUGGCGUACAUGAACUGUGAGAACAGUCUUAACAGCUUCCUACUGUCGAUGGACCCGAAAGCCUGUGUGAUAAAAAGACAACCUUGAUCUGCAAUGUUCAAAAUGCAUAAAAAUUAUAUAAUAAUCGAU